GUGCGGCGAGCCCGGGGACGCGCUGGCCGCGACGGCGGUGGGAAGCCUCGGUCCCUCUCCGGUUUUUCACUCGCGGCUCGGAGACAAGGGCCCCAGAAGAACCUUGGGAUGGACGAAGAGGGAGUGCGGCAGCCCUCUGGGCCACCCACGAGGAAGAAAUUCUUCAUACCGCUGGAGGAGGAUGAGGCUCCUCCUGCAGGGGUCAAGCCCUUAUUCAAAUCGACCAGGAGCCUGUCCACCAUGGAGACCUUGCCUCAGGCAGCCCCUCAGACAUAUGCUGAGUAUGCCAUCUCGGGACCUCCAGGAGGGGCCGGAGCACCACAACCCCCGGGGCCUGAGCCCCUGGCAGGAGAGACUGCUAAUCAGGCCCCCAAACCAGGGGCGAAAUCCAGCAGCAUCAUUGUGAGCCCCCGCCAGAGGGGCAACCCCGUGCUGAAGUUUGUGCGUAAUGUGCCCUGGGAGUUUGGUGAUGUGCUUCCCGACUACGUGCUGGGCCAGAGCACCUGUGCCCUGUUCCUCAGCCUCCGCUACCACAACCUCCACCCAGACUACAUCCACGAGCGGCUGCAGAGCCUGGGGAAGAGCUUCGCCCUGCGGGUCCUGCUCGUCCAGGUGGACGUGAAAGAUCCUCAGCAGGCCCUCAAGGAGCUGGCCAAGAUGUGCAUCCUGGCUGACUGCACCCUAGUCCUUGCCUGGAGCCCCGAGGAGGCCGGGCGCUACCUGGAGACCUACAAGGCCUAUGAGCAGAAGCCGGCAGACCUCCUGAUGGAGAAGCUGGAGCAGGACUUCGUCUCCCGGGUCACUGAAUGCCUGACCACCGUGAAGUCAGUCAAUAAAACAGACAGCCAGACCCUCCUAACUACUUUUGGGUCUCUGGAACAGCUCAUGGCUGCAUCGCGGGAAGAUCUGGCUUUGUGCCCGGGCCUGGGACCCCAGAAGGCCCGGAGGCUGUUUGAUGUCCUACAUGAGCCCUUCCUGAAAGUGCCCCGAUGACCACAGCUUUGAAGGAACAUUUGGUGUAACAAUAAAGCAUUUUCCUGGC